GGGGAAUCCCGCCCCGCCCCUCCCGCGCGCUGCAAACAUGGCGGAGGGUGGCACCGGCCGGUGAGGCGGUACCGGGCGGGGGUGUCAUGGGUGGUGGCGGCGGCACUGACCCCGCAUCUCCCUGAGCGGGACCACAGGGAGGCCUCUUCGCGGAGCCGAGCGAUGGACGAGAGCGGCGAGCUGGGCGGUCUGGAGACCAUGGAGACGCUCACGGAGCUUGGCGACGAGCUGACCCUGGGGGACAUCGACGAGAUGCUGCAGUUUGUCAGCAAUCAAGUGGGAGAGUUUCCUGACUUGUUCUCAGAGCCUCUGUGUAGCUCAUUCCCUGGCGGCGGCGGCGGCAGCGGCGGCGGCGGCAGCAGUAGUAAUGGCGGGGGCAGCAGUGGUGGAGCUGGGGACCCCUCGCUGCAGCGGCCCUUCGGCCAGGUCCCAUUACCUUCCUUCUCUGCCUCGGGCGCCUCCUCCCAGGCUCCAGCCCUGCAGGUCAAGGUUUCCCCCACCACAGUUCUCACCCCGCCCAGGGUGACUCCGGUCCUUCAGCCCCGCCCCCAGCCCCAGCCCCAGCCCCAGGCUCAGCUGCAGCAGCAGACCGUAAUGAUCACCCCAACAUUCAGCACCGCUCCCCAGACAAGGAUCAUCCAGCAGCCUUUGAUAUACCAGAAUGCAGCUACCAGCUUUCAAGUCCUUCAGCCUCAAGUCCAAAGCCUAGUGACAUCCUCCCAGGUGCAGCCGGUCACCAUCCAGCAACAGGUGCAGACAGUGCAGGCCCAGCGGGUGCUGACGCAGACAGCCAGUGGCACACUGCAGACCCUCGCCCCAGCCACAGUGCAGACAGUGGCUGCGCCCCAGGUGCAGCAGGUCCCGGUCCUGGUACAGCCUCAGAUCAUCAAGACAGAUUCCCUUGUUUUGACCACACUGAAGACAGAUGGUAGCCCUGUCAUGGCCGCAGUCCAGAACCCGGCCCUCACUGCCCUCACCACCCCCAUCCAGACAGCCGCCCUUCAAGUACCAACCCUGGUGGGCAGCAGCGGGACCAUCUUGACCACGAUGCCUGUGAUGAUGGGGCAAGAGAAAGUGCCCAUUAAGCAGGUACCUGGGGGAGUCAAGCAGCUCGAGCCACCCAAAGAAGGAGAACGACGGACGACACACAACAUCAUUGAGAAGCGGUAUCGUUCCUCCAUCAAUGACAAAAUCAUCGAAUUGAAGGACCUGGUCAUGGGGACAGAUGCCAAGAUGCACAAGUCUGGUGUUCUGAGGAAGGCCAUCGACUACAUCAAAUACUUACAGCAGGUCAAUCACAAACUGCGCCAGGAGAACAUGGUGCUGAAGCUGGCAAGUCAGAAAAACAAGCUCCUGAAGGGCAUCGACCUAGGCAGCCUGGUGGACAAUGAUGUGGACCUGAAGAUCGAUGACUUUAAUCAGAAUGUCCUUCUGAUGUCCCCUCCGGCCUCUGACUCAGGGUCCCAGGCUGGCUUCUCCCCCUACUCCAUCGACUCUGAGCCUGGAAGUCCUCUGUUGGAUGAGGCAAAGGUCAAGGAUGAACCGGACUCUCCUCCCAUAGCGCUGGGCAUGGUGGACCGCUCGCGAAUCCUGCUGUGUUUCCUCACCUUCCUGUGCCUCUCCUUCAACCCCCUGACUGCCCUGCUGCAGUGGGGAGGGGCCCACGACUCUGACCAGCACCCAUACUCAGGCUCUGGCCGCAGCAUACUGUCACUUGAGUCAGGUUCUGGGGGCUGGUUUGACUGGAUGAUGCCAACGCUCCUCUUGUGGCUGGUGAAUGGUGUGAUUGUCCUGAGCGUCUUUGUGAAGCUGCUGGUCCAUGGGGAGCCAGUGAUCCGGCCACAUUCGCGUUCCUCUGUCACCUUCUGGAGGCACCGGAAGCAGGCGGACCUGGACCUCGCCAGGGGGGAUUUUGCAGCUGCUGCUGCCAACCUGCAAACCUGCCUGUCGGUGUUGGGCCGGGCACUGCCCACCUCCCGCCUGGACCUGGCCUGCAGCCUCUCCUGGAACGUGAUCCGCUACAGCCUGCAGAAGCUGCGCCUGGUGCGCUGGCUACUCAAGAAGGUGUGCCAGCGCCGGCAGGCCACCCCAGCCACUGCGGCUGGUUUUGAGGACGAAGCUAAGGCCAGCGCCCGGGACGCGGCCCUGGCCUAUCACAGACUGCACCAGCUUCACAUCACAGGGAAGCUCCCUGCGGGGUCCGCCUGUUCAGAUGUCCACAUGGCCUUGUGCGCUGUGAACCUGGCCGAACGUGCAGAGGAGAAAAUCCCGCCGAGCACGCUGGUGGAGAUCCACCUGACUGCUGCCAUGGGGCUCAAGACCCGGUGCGGCGGCAAGCUGGGCUUCCUGGCGAGCUACUUUCUCAGUCGAGCCCAGAGUCUGUGUGGCCCCGAGCACAGCACUGUCCCUGACUCACUGCGCUGGCUCUGUCACCCUCUGGGCCAGAAGUUUUUCAUGGAGCGGAGCUGGUCAGUGAAGUCGGCUGCCAAGGAGAGUCUCUACUGUGCCCAGAGGAACCCAGCCGACCCCGUCGCCCAGGUCCACCAGGCCUUCUGCAAGAACCUUCUGGAGCAAGCCGUGGAGUCCUUGGUGAAGCCUCAGGCCAAGAAGAAGGCUGGAGACCAGGAAGAUGACAGCUGUGAAUUCUCCAGUGCCCUGGAGUACCUGAAAUUACUUAAUUCUUCUGUGGAUUCGGUGGGGGUUAUGGCCCCACCCUCCUCCAGCAGCUCCGUGCUCAAGUCAGCCCUUGGUCCAGAUGUCAUCUGUCGUUGGUGGACAUCUGCGAUCACAAUGGCCAUCAGUUGGCUCCAGGGAGAUGAUGCAGCUGUACGUGCUCAUUUUACCGAAGUAGAGCGUGUCCCCAAGGCCCUAGAAGUGACUGAGAGCGCCCUGGUGAAGGCCGUCUUCCACACCUGCAGAGCCAUGCACGCCUCGCUCCCUGGGAAGGCGGAUGGGCAGCAGAGUUCCUUCUGCCACAGCGAGAGGGCCAGCGGCCACCUGUGGAGCAGCCUCAACGUCAGCGAGGCCACUUGCGACCCCGCCCUCAACCAGGUGGUCCAGCUGCUGACUUGUGACCUGCUGCUGUCACUGCGGACUACACUCUGGCAAAAGCAGGCAGGAGCCAGCCAGGCCCUGGGUGAGACCUACCAUGCAUCGGGCGCUGAGCUGGCUGGCUUCCAGCGGGACCUGGGCAGCCUGCGCAGGCUGGCACACAGCUUCCGCCCAGCCUACCACAAGGUGUUCCUGCACGAAGCCACCGUGCGCUUGAUGGCAGGCGCCAGCCCCACGCGCACCCACCAGCUGCUGGAGCACAGCCUGCGGCGGCGCAGUGCUCAGAACUCCAAGCCCGGAGAGGCGGACGCCUGGCCCGGCCAGCGAGAGCGGGCCACUGCCAUCCUGCUGGCCUGCCGCCACCUUCCCCUCUCCUUCCUCUCCUCCCCGGGCCAGCGGGCGGUGCUGCUGGCCGAAGCAGCCCGAACCCUGGAGAAGGCGGGCGACCGGCGCUCCUGCAACGACUGCCAGCAGAUGAUUGUCAAGCUGGGGGGUGGCACUGCCAUCGCCGCCUCCUGACCACCGGGGGUCCUGCCUGCCGGGUCCUGCCCGCCUCUACCCACCAUCUCUCUCUGUCUCUCUCCUCCCUCUGUCCCCCAGUCUCUUCCUGUCUCUCUCCUUCUCCGUCUCUCAGUCUCUCCCUCUGUCCCCCGCUCCUCCCUCUGUCCCCGUCUCUCCUCCGCUCUGGGAGCCGGGGGAUGAGCCUUGUCCUCUGAGCUGUUGCCUGCCAAGGAUCACCUCAGGCCCUCAGGCCCCUGGGCAGAGCCCCUUAUAGCUUAUGUGGGUAGAAGCUGGUGGGCCUGAGAGAGGAAAGACAGGGCAGGGCAGGAAUUGGGGCAUACUCUGACUGGAUAGCAGCAGGGGGAUCCCCCAAGCUGCCCAGCCCCUGUCUCUAGCCCUCCCAAGAUUCUCUGAACAUCUCUUUCCCCCUUUCCUGCUCCCUUGUUUUUUAUCAGGCUUUUCCUCUGGGGAACAUGGGUCUCUGGGCACUAGAGCACUUCACAUUUGGCACUGUGCCCGGUGUGCCCUCCCCCACUUUUUAUACAAAUGUUUUUAUAUCCGUGUGCUUGGGUUUGCCGUGAUGCAGAACUAAGUUGCUGCGCAUCUUUAUUUCUCUCCCUGGGUUAGCCCCUCCCCUGUACCUGACAAAGCCAGUUCAUUGUUUUCUCUUUAUUACACAGGACAGCCAGGGAAGGGAGGGAGCCCAGCCCUGGGGAGGUGGCGGAGAGACGCCUGGGGAUGGAUGAAAUAAUGUCGGCAUUAUUUUUUAAUUUUUUAAAAAAUAAACGGUAUCUUAUUUAAUUGUACUGUUCCUUCCCACUCCCCCACGCCCUGGAAUGACAGCCCAAGCUCAGGGUAGGCCCAGGGGCUGGGAGAGAUGAAGUCACCCAUUGGGACUAGGGCCUGGGGCCUUCAGUUCCCUCCCACCCGACUCCUACCUCCAUGGUCUAUUUUUAUCCCUAAUUCUUAACCUGAAAAUAAGCCAGGGUGGCAAGGUAGGCACUGAAAUAAGGUCCCUGCCUUGAUGGGGAUCCUGGGAGAAGUGGCCCUGCUUUUCUAGGUUCCCAGGCUUGGUGCCUCCCCUGAGGUUGUUUCUCCGGGGCCUGAGUACUGCCCGGGACACGAGAGCCUGCUGGGAGGCCGAGAGGUGCUGCCCUCCCUCCCUCCCUCCCUCCCUGUGCUUCCCACCCCCUCAGGCUGCUUGGAGCAGAGUGAGCAAGGGCCCAUCACAGGUUAGGUUAUACCCACAGCAAGGGCUCCCCUGAUGCCAAGGGCAGGCCAGAACCAGUCAGCUUGGACCUCACCUACUUUCUUCUGCCCCUCCCCACCACUGUAAUUUAUAGCCCCUGGCCACCAGGUGAGCCAGCCCUGUGUCAUGUGUAUAUACUGUGCCUUUUCUCGUUAUUGUUUAGGGGUGGGAGGGAUGGUUUUUCACUAAAAAGGGGGAUAUACCUAUGGCUGCCUUGAUGUGGAAUCAUUCACCGUGUUCUGGAUAUAGGUAAUUCAAUAAACACAGAUUGGUACCACCCAGCA